UGGAGAAAAGAAAUUGUUCUUUGAAAGGAAAAUUAUCCAAGAAAAUUAUGGAGCUUUCAGCUCGAAUUUUCCCAAAGUUAUAAACUUUCUUCCUCAAUUCAAUAAGGGUUUGAUUCAUUUUCCUUCAUCGACCAAGAAAUCUCGGGUUUUCGAAGAGCCCCCGAACAAUGGCGUGGAACGUGUUCAAGUUCUGCACAGCACUUCGCGCCUUGGGUUCGAUUAUGAUCCUGGUCGUAAUCGGAAUCAUCGGAUUCACAUACUACGCCGUUGUAGUCGCGAAUUACGGACCGGCUCUAUUGCUCGGUGGUUUCGAUUCAUUAGUAGCUCUUCUCGUUUUAGGGCUGUUUCACUUUCUGCUUAUAAUGUUACUGUGGAGUUAUUUCUCUGUUGUUGUUACGGACCCUGGUGGUGUUCCACCGGGUUGGAGGCCGGAACUAGACAUAGAGAAAAACGAAGGAAACCAACCAGCGAUUGCAGACCAAUCACUUUCGGUUGGAGGUUCCUCGUCUCAUGGUGUAAGAUACUGCCGAAAGUGCAAUCAGUAUAAACCGCCACGUUCUCACCAUUGUUCUGUCUGUGGAAGAUGCAUACUAAAGAUGGACCAUCAUUGUGUUUGGGUUGUGAAUUGUGUUGGGGCAAUGAAUUACAAGUCUUUUCUCCUAUUCUUGUUUUACACAUUUCUUGAGACAACGGUGGUUGCAACAUCAUUAUUUCCAGUUUUCCUUGUGUUCUUUACCGAUGAAGAAGCUGAUAUAACCGUAUCACCAGGAAGCCUGGCAGCCACCUUUGUUGCAUUUGUAUUGAACAUAGCAUUUGCGCUAAGUGUCCUUGGCUUCCUAAUCAUGCACAUACUGCUGGUCGCGCGUAACAGCACAACUAUUGAGGCAUAUGAGAAGUAUACAGCUCCUAACUCGCCUUAUAACCUUGGUCGUAAGACAAACUUUGAACAGGUUUUUGGAAGGGAUAAAAUGUAUUGGUUCGUGCCAUUGUACACGGAAGACGAUAUGAAGAGGUUGCCGGCACUUCGAGGGUUAGACUUUACGAGCAGGUCGGAGGAGUCGGAGCCGCUUCAGUCUCUAUGACCUUAAGCUUGUCACUCUUGGAAAUGGGUCUGUUUUGUGUAUGUAUCAUCAAUAUGUCUUGUGUAUUAAAGAUUAGUGGUUUAGUGGUUUUGAGGAUGUUUUUUUUUUUUUCGUGAAAAGAAAUUUCUCAACCUUUUUCUGCAACACAACUUGUAUUUUCCUUUGACCGAAUGACCAACACAAUAUAUAUAUUUUUUGGUUGUUUC